CGCCCCUCCCAACACUCCCAGACCCAUUUCCCUUUCCUUCCCCUCCGGCUCCGCCUCCUCGACCACUCCGACAACCCCCAGCGCCUCCUCUCCGGCGAGCUCCACCUCUCCACCGGCGGCGGCGAGAAGCGGGGGGGCUAACUAAGUCUGUAGGCUGCGGCGGAGGUGAUCCCGGAGCCGGAGCCGAGUCUAGGGCGAUGGGGCAGCAGUCGCUGAUCUACGCGUUCGUGGCGCGUGGCACCGUGGUGCUGGCCGAGUACACCGAGUUCACCGGCAACUUCACCACCAUCGCCGCCCAGUGCCUGCAGAAGCUCCCCGCCAGCAACAACAAGUUCACCUACAACUGCGACGGCCACACCUUCAACUACCUCGUCGAGGACGGAUUCACGUAUUGUGUAGUUGCUGUUGAAUCAGUUGGGCGACAAAUCCCCAUAGCUUUCCUGGACAGAGUUAAGGAAGACUUCACCAAAAAGUAUGGAGGCGGGAAAGCAGCUACUGCUGCAGCGAACAGCUUGAACAGGGAGUUUGGAUCAAAGCUUAAAGAGCACAUGCAGUACUGUGUGGACCACCCUGAGGAGGUUAGCAAGCUUGCCAAGGUGAAGGCCCAAGUCUCCGAAGUCAAAGGAGUUAUGAUGGAAAACAUUGAGAAGGUUCUUGACCGUGGCGAGAAGAUUGAACUGCUUGUCGACAAAACUGAAAAUCUGCGUUCUCAGGCACAAGAUUUCAGGCAGCAGGGCACCAAGGUGCGGCGGAAGAUGUGGCUCCAAAACAUGAAGAUCAAGCUGAUCGUGCUGGGCAUCAUCAUCGCGCUCAUCCUCAUCAUCAUCCUGUCGGUGUGCCAUGGCUUCAAGUGCGGCAGCAAGUGAGGAGGGGGACUUACGGAUGGCCGUGCCCUGCCCUGCCCUGCCCUGGCACCUGCGAGAAGGAGGAGACUACAUGUGGAGUUUUUUUUUUGCUUCUUUAGUCGUCGUGUUAAGUCGUCCUGCGCCGAUAAUUCUUGGUGGUCACCAGAUAAAGAGUCAUUCCUGGUGUCGGUGUUGAUUGCUGUUGGUUGGUCGGGAAAUGACUGGGUGAACCGAGGGGCGAAGUGGGAGGGGGGUUGUGUCGUGUAAUUUUGGAUGCCACUAUUGUGCAUGUAUAGCCCCGUGUGCUGUGCUACCCUGAUCCGUGUUGCUACUCCUAUGUCAGUAGAUGUUACGUA